AUGUCGGACGUCGUUGGUUCCGAGCUGGCCCGGCACUACGCCAAUCUGGCUGACGUGGCCGCCAGUCCGGCCAACAAGUACGGCCUCGCCCACGGCUACGCCAUCAUGCCCGACCCCAAUGACCCGUACGGGUGGCAGGCCUUUGAGGAAGAGAGGGCGCGGCAAAAGUGUCUUGCCGGCCUGGCCCAGCACCCGUCGCAGUGCACCUCCACAACGGCCGCGACGACAACGUCGACGUGCGGGGACAGCGACGGUGACGACGAGGAUGACAGCGAGAGCAGUGAGGACAGUCACAGCGGCGACGACGACGACGACGAUAACGACGACAAUGACAGUCAUGAGUGCAUAUGUAAAUGCGAAACAAAGACGAAGGAAAAGUGCAGCGGCGCAUGGUGCAAGCGUCAGUCGCUGAGCUUUCAGCGGUCGAAGCCGCACUGGUGCGACGGCAAGAAAUGGGGCGGCAAGAUCUGGGGGCUGAGCCGUACGCCGGGAGAUAGACGUGUGUCCAACUGGCUCCUGUACUUUGAUCCCAAGGUCAGCAAGUCCGAGAUCCAGGCCAUCUGCCGGCGACGCUGUCCACCGGAGCCGCGCCGCCGCCGUGGGCACCGAGGUCAUCAUCGUCGACGACGUGGCCAGUGUCGUCAUGGUCGCAGUCACUGCUGUGUAAAGACGAAGAUUGUCGUCUGCGGUGCCUGUCAGGGCAUCGGCUGCGUGUACUGCCAGAACGGUGGAGUGCUCGUGCCCAUCGACUAUGACUGCACAGGCGACGUAGGGUACGGAGCAGGGUACGGGACAGGGUACGGGACGGGCUACAUUGGCGACUACACUGGCUCUGGGGGCCAUGGCUAUUAUGGGGCUGGUGGUCUUCCUGGUAUGCCGCCGCAUCGUGGCUACGCAGGUCACCCUGCCGGCAAUUUAGAGCACUGGCGUGUGCACUCGGACAAGGACAGUAAGAAAAAGGAAAAGGAAAAGGAAAAGGACAAGGAUACGGACAAAGACGGAAGCAAAACGGGAAGCAAAAAGGGAAGCAAAGCUGGGAGCAAAGAUGGCACCGAUGCAAAGGGAAAUACCAUGGCUGAGCUCGCUGGCCGAAUGCAGACCAUGAAGCGCAACGAAAAGGGAUUUUGGGGCGGCGACUGGGAGAAGGCAGCCGACGGCUUGUUGGGCAUUACCGAGAGGGACCUGCGGGUGUUGGAGAAGGGCUACCAGCCCAAGGACAAGGACGGAAAAUGUGCCGGAGACGACGCAGCCAAGUGGCUGUGGGGACGGUUUGGCAAUGUGGGAGGGCUAGAAGGAGGAGGAGGAGGAGGGGGGGGCGGUGGCGCCAAAGGCGGUGGUGUGUUUUACGGCCGCGGGUACAGAGGCGGUGGCAGCAAGUAUACUGGAGGCGGCGGCGGAGGCGGAGGUGGAGGUGGAGGUGGAGGUGGAGAAGGCGGGACUCUCGGACAAGGCGGUGCCGAAGGAGGCAGCCGCAAGGCCAGGAGUGUCAACGGAAGCGGAAAUGGCCGUGCUGAUGAAGAAAGUACCUCGGCAACUGGACAGAGAGACAGCGGAGGCGACGGGCCUAGCAAUGUUUCUGCAAGAGACACUCGCAGUACCAGCCGCCAAGAUAGCCAGGGAAGCAGACAGAGCAAGGGAAAAGAAAAGGAGACGGCUGGCAUUGGUGACGGGGACCUGGACGCUGCUGUGGCAAGCGCCAGUGCAAGCCACGACCCACCGAGUCGUCACUCACCGCGCCAGCACGCAUCCGGCCAGCAUACCACCCCUCCCCAGGCCAAGGGCGCAACCGCCAACGACGAAGAACGCCAGUCUCGCUUCGAACGUCUGCGCCAGCGCCUCGACGAUGCCGGCCGGCUCCGCACGGGGUCGUGGGAGCGGGUCUCGCCGGCCGUGCAGCACGAGCGCGAGUGGCAGCGGCAGCAGGCGAUGAAGGAGGAGUGGCAAAAGAUACAGGCCGAAGAGCGUCGUUCCGGCCGCAGGGGUCGUGAGGAAGCCAACGGUAGCAGUACCGGCGGCGGCAACAGCCCCUUGCUGUGCGUCGAAGAAGACGACCACGAGCGGGUCAUCCUGAACCAGCUGCUUAUGUCGGACGAGGGCAGCUCACGCCGCAACCACAGCCCCCCGUCGCCGGCCGAGUUCGUGACGCGCGUCGACGGUGCACAGUACCCAUUGCAUCCGGAGCAUCUGGCAACGCUUGCUCGGCAUCGAGGCGUCUCGGACACUGUGUCGUAUGUCAGUCUCGCCAGCACUGCCUCGGCGCCAGCACCAACGCGCUCACCUCCGGCUCAGAGCAUGUACGGCGCACACUCAACCAGCGGCGACACGGGCUAUGAGACGGGCCACGACACAGGCGAAGCCGGCCCGACCGGCGACGCGAAUGCAAGCGUCUUUGCCGGCCGAUUCAGCGAUCCAGGAUAUGGCUCUCUGUAUGACAUUCCAGGAUAUGUCGACUAUGCUGGAUACCCCAACUCUUCUGGCUAUGCAGGAUGGGGGCCCGAGUGCGCCGACAACGCGGCCUGGGGUGGAGUGUCGUCGUCGUCGACGACGUUGCAGCCGUCGAGUGGGCGGACGAGCAGCAAGAAGAGCAUGUCCGACGGGACGAGAGAGGUGAAGAGAGGAGGAAAAGAAAAGGGGAGAACUCAAAAGGGGUCGAAAGGGGGUGAGGAUAAAGACGAUGCUAAAAAGGGAAGGAAGAAGGUCAAGGGAAAGGGGAAGGCGAACAGUAGGAAGGAGCCGACAAGCGCGAAGGACAGGAAAAGGAAGGAGAAAGAAAAGACAGAGAAGAAGAAGAAGAACGACGGAAAGAGCGAGUCGCCGUCAUCGUGGACGACAUGUUCAUCGUCACGUGGUUCGAAUUCCCAUUAG